AUGAGGAGGGAAUCCUUACCGUUAGCUGCUCGUGGUGGCAUCAUCGCGGCUGGCACAAUAGCUGUGACGUCGAUCCUGGCGAGUAUGGGUGCUCGAGGGGAUCAUGCUACAAGGCGUGCGGUGGCAAUGGGCGGUAGUGCUAGACUGCGAGGAACCGGGGGUUCGGAUCACGAAAUAUGUGCGACCCGAAGUCUGAUUGUGCGAGUUUGGACGAUGUCGGGUGUGUUAAAGGGUGCAAGGCUUAUGGUUGCAAGUGAUAGUUGA